AUGUUUGGCAUCAACUGCGCUCCAGAACUGUUCCAGAAAAUUAUGGAACAAGUCUUGAGUGGAUGCGAAGGGUGUGUAAACUUUAUUGACGAUGUAAUUGUACACGGCUCCAAUCAAAAGGAGCAUGAUAUACGUUUGGAGAAGGUACGUCGUAAGCUGCAAGUAAUGAACGUUAAGCUUAACGAUACCAAAUGUAUAUAUGGAGUAAGAGAGCUGAAAUUCUUGGGGCAUAUCCUGUCUGCCAAUGGAAUUAGACCCGACAAGGAUAAGCUGGAAGCAAUUAGAAAUUUCCGAGAACCAGUUUCCAAGGAAGAAUUACGAAGUUUACUUGGCUUAGUUAAUUUUGUGGGAAAGUUCAUUCCAGAUUUAGCCACCUUAACUGAUCCUCUCCGUCAACUAACCAAACAUCAAAACAGGUUUGUUUGGAACCGUGAUCAUCAAACAGCUUUCCGUGAACUGAAAAGUUACAUGGCGAACCCUACAACCUUAGGCUACUUUGACGUUGAUGAUCGUACUCAGUUAAUUGCUGACGCAAGCCCUGUAGGUCUAGGGGCUGUUCUCAUCCAGAUAAAUGAUCGAGGACCGAGAAUAAUUUCGUAUGCGAGUCGGAGUUUGACAGAUGUCGAAAAACGAUAUGCACAAAUAGAAAAGGAAGCUUUAGCAUUGGUUUGGGCAGUCGAGCGGUUCCAUUUCUAUCUGUAUGGGAGAUCAUUUGAAUUGAUCACAGAUCAUAAACCACUCGAAACUAUUUUUGGACCACGAUCAAAGCCUUGUGCUAGGAUCGAAAGGUGGGUUGUUCGAAUGCAGUCAUAUAAAGGUAAAGUUAUAUACCGACCGGGCAAAACAAACAUAGCUGAUCCAUUAUCACGACUGGCAGUUACAUCCGAAGUGAAGGGUAAGGAUUUUGAUGAAUACGCGGAACAUUAUGUGCACUGGGUGGUUUCAAACGCUGUCCCGUUUGCCAUAAAAAUAACCGAGGUCGAGCAAGAGUCUGAAGCAGACAGCUCGAUUGGAUCUAUCAAAACCGCAUUACAACAAGGCAUAUGGAAUGAAGAUGCAGCUCCCUUCAAGCUGUUUGAAACAGAACUUUGUUUCGCCGGGAAAAUCUUAUUGCGUGGAACUCGAAUAGUUAUGCCACAGAGUUUACGAAAGCGAACACUUGAUUUGGCACAUGAGGGUCAUCCGGGUAUGACGUUAAUGAAGCAGCGACUUCGUGCGAAGGUUUGGUGGCCAAGACUAGAUGCACAGGUCGAGAAAUAUAUAAAGAAUUGCCGAGGGUGUGUGUUAGUGGCAGCUCCAGCAGCACCUGAACCGAUGAAGCGAAGAGAACUGCCAUCAGAACCCUGGAAACAUCUGGCCAUUGAUUAUCUUGGUCCACUUCCAACGGGGCAUUACUUAUUUGUGGUGGUCGACUAUUUUAGUCGUUACAUUGAGGUUGAAAUAAUGAAGAAAAUAGAUUCAAGUGACACCAUUAAGCGCUUAACAUCGAUUUUCGCACGUUUCGGGCUGCCGUUAUCCGUUACGGCCGAUAACGGCCCACAAUUCUCUAGCGAAGAGUUUCGAAAUUAUUGCGAAGCAAACAAUAUCAGGUUGAUCAAUACAACUCCAUAUUGGCCGCAACAAAAUGGCGAAGUGGAACGGCAAAAUCGAUCCAUUCUGAAAAGGCUAUCCAUAAGUCAGGUAACAAAUACAGAUUGGAAAUGUGAAUUAGAUAAAUAUCUUCUGAUGUAUCGAUCUUUUCCACACUCGACGACUGGGAAAACCCCUUCGGAAUUGCUUUUCGGCUACAACAUACGAGAUAAACUACCAUCUAUCUAUCAACCGAAGGAUUCCGAUGAGGAGGUGUCUGAUAGAGAUAAAGAGAGAAAGGAAAAGGGAAAAAUAUAUGUUGAUCAGCGACGUAAUGCCAGAUUAAACCCUAUCAUUGAAGGGGAUAAGGUGUUACUAAAACAAAUGACAAAGGUAAACAAACUAACAACAAACUUUGGUCCUGAGAUAUUCAAGGUGACAAAACGGAACGGAGGUGAAGCAGUGGUAGUUUCAGAAACUUCAGGGGUACAAUAUCGUAGGCAUGUGUCUCACUUGCAACGCAUCAACACUGAUAAUGAAACUUCAGGCAACAAUCCUAGUACAAGCACAGCAUCAUCAUCGUCGUUAACAUCAUCAACAUCGCCAUCACCAUCGGAAAAAGCUUGUCAUAGUGACAUUAACGAUUCCAGAAAAUGGGUAUCUCAUUCUGAGUCCAGAACUAAGAGAACGACGCGACAGCCAGGAUAUUUACAGGAUUAUGUUCAUCAUAGCUAA